UUAGCGCGAGCUGUCCACUGAGGUAUAAAAGAACGGAGCUGUCGGGCGGUGUUUGUGGGAUUGCAGGGGAAAGAGCCACGAAAAACGCUAUCCCCCCUCAAAGACAUGAAACGGCUGUGCAUAUGUGAGAUCUGCAGCUGUGGACGCCAUCGCUGCCCCCACCGACCCACAGCUCUGUAUGGAAAGCCCAAUAUGACAUGUGUCCUGACAGAGUACACAGAGAAGUACCCUGCCUAUGGAGGAUACAACCCGCCCCAGAGCCUGAAACCCAAGCCUGUUAACCACGGUGACCGGGGGAGAAUGGAUGGAACUACUACAUUCAAGACUGACUUUAUUCCCUACGUGGUGACUCGACGGCCGGGGAAACAGCAGGCGGAGUACAAACCCAAACCUGGAGACAUAGAUCUGGGAACCACCUACAAACAGGACUACAGCCUUUAUGAGGUCCAACCCUUCGCCCCUUCCAGACCCAGCGAGAGGGUAUACGCAACAGGGCACAAAAUGGAUACAGUGCCUACGUACAAAGAGGAUUUCCGACAGUGGGAGAUGUGCAAGCGGGAGCUGAAGAAACCCGACCUGACCUACCACCCGCCAGACGCCAAGUUCGACGGCCACACCACCUUCCAGGACGACUUCCUCCCCCGAGGCCUUGCCCCCAGACAGAGCUUCAAACCCUCCAGUAUCCCCAAAAUAUCCGAUACCCCCUUCGAUGGGGUGACCAGUAACCAGCAGUGCUAUGUGUCCCACCCUCUGGAGGCACGCUGGGUGAAGGUUCCAGAGCCCUAUAAACCCAGUAGCCAGCCCCUUCAAGACCUCACCACCAACCGAAGAGACUAUCAGGGCCUGCCAGGACAGCUGCCCCAGAGCUAUAAGCCUAACCCUGGAAAGGUGACGUCUGACGUUCCCUUUCAGAGCAGCACAGAGUUUAAGGAGCGUUUCCAGCAGUGGCCCGUGUCCCUGCCUCAGCUGCACAAGAGCCUGCAGUACGUCAGCCCCACAGAGCACAUGGAUAUGAGCACCACGUCUGGUGCAGACUACGUCCAACACAACAUCCAGCCCUUCAUCUCUGCCAAGCCCUUCAAUCGGCCCACCAAGUCAUCAGCUCCAUUCCAGGUCUGCACCACUAUGAGGGAUGACUACCAGCCUUGGGAGGUCAAGAGACAGGCCAUGAUCAAGAAGCCUGAGGAGAUGCCGAGAGCCACCGGACAGAUGGACCACCUCACCACCUUCAAGGCCCAUUUUACACCCCACGAACUGCAGCCCAAUGUGAGCUUCAAGCCAGCUCACGCCCCCAUGAGGGCUGAUGCCCCAAUGGAGGGCGGCACCAUGUACAGCACAGAGUUCACCCCCAAGAGGAUCAGCGUUUGUCCAGCUAGCUACGACUCCCCGCCGGGCUUCGUGUUUGAGGACAGCGACGACAGGGGACAUAGGUUCUACAGGAAGUUGCCAUCUAAGGACAUGAACAAGAUGGCCGCCGGCAUGGCGGUGGCUGUGGUGUCAUAACGUAUGACCAUGAUAUUUGGUGACCAAUGCUUUUAAUCUUAAAAAGAGCGUGUGAAGGCAAAACUACUUUUGUUAGGUCUGUUAUGUUUUUCAUUUUAUUUUCCUACUACCUGUAUAGUAAUUGAUAGUAAAUAUCAAUGAUGUGAUAAUGAAAUGGAACCAACAAUUAUGAACAAGUCACAAACAGGCCAUUAUAAUAUAAACUUCCCUGUAUUGUGGUUGAUGGUUUCGAUUGAAUAGUUGGAUAAUCUUUCUUUUACAAAUUUGCGAAUCAUUAGUAAUUAAAACAAGCACUUCAUUUCUUAAUCAAUUAAUUAUCCUUGUGUAUCUAUGUGCCAAAUUCUGCAUAAAGUCACCACACUCACACAAUUAUUGAAAUUCACAAACAUAAUGCAGAACUUUCAGGGGAAAUUUUCAUAGUCCAAAAUAAUUGUUCAAAGUGCAAAAGACAUACCGAAAACUUCAUUAUAAUCUUGCAGUGUGAUUUAAUUUGAAGGGGGCGAUUUUUAAACUAGAGUUUAGAAAAAAGCUAUAGAAAAAUAGUGGCUCCUUUAUAAUGCACAUUGUAGGAAAACGUUUCAUAUAAAAUCACACUGACAGAUUGAGUCUUAUGGUAAUUUUUGCUCAAUGCUUUUAAACUAGGAACAUGUCUCCCUCUGUGUGUUAUAAUGAGUAUUACCAAACAAAAUGUCAGGUGAUCAAACUGUCUUUAUUAUCUUAGUAUGUUGUCUUUCUAGAGCACUUAAAAGUUUUGUUCCAUAAACAUCUUCAUGAUGUUCCUUCAAUCCAGUUAGGAUUCUACAAACGGUAUCCAUGUCAACACCCAAUGUUAUGGUAACGUUAUCGAUAUGUUGUCGUAAAUAUCAGUAGCAUUGAUUAUUGUCAGUAUGCAUUUGUUUGAGUGAGUGGCACUUGAUAAUGUAUCUGCAAAACACAUGACAUGUCUCUACAAAUCAUUGGUGAUUGCAGGUAAAUGCAUGAGAAUAAAACCAGAAGGGAAAGGUAUUAAACAUACCUGUGAUCCAACAGCAAGUGCUUAUUAAUGUACUGUACGGUUUAUAUCCAGUCUUUUAAACAGGCGUUAAGACAUCUACAUAAGGUAAGAAAAUAAAGUCCCACAAAAAAUCUACAUACUCUCAAUGUACAAUAUUGCACUUAAAAACACAGUAUUUACAAGACAUUUUACAAUGCAGCACAUUGGUUGGAUAACCAAAACAAUAGUAAAAAGGAACAGACCCCAUUUUUCAAACAGAGAAAUAUGACAGUCAUGUUUUCUCUCGGGGGCCCAUUCUAAAUGGCACUGUAUUCCCUACAUAGUGCACUACUUUUGAUCAGUACUGCAGUAUGUAGGGCAGUGGUGGUGGGCAGGGCCCGGAACAUCAUAGAAAUGUGUACAAUGCAAAUGGACCACAAGCAAGCAGAAAAAUAGAUUGAAUUGGAAAAUAACAAUAAGUUCAUACCUUGAUUACAUUGAGACACGAUCACAUAUGUCUCUCUUGUUAUUAAUGGGAAUAGAUUUUGGCCCGGCGUCCACCUGUUUCCGACCCCUGAUGUAGGGAAUAUGAUUGGGUGCCAUUGGGAACACAACCCAUACCUCUCUCGGUCACUGCAGGGCCUAUUUAUUCCAAACAGUGAUAAUUUCUGUGGACAAUAAUUAUCUCACAUAAUACAUACUACUGUAUGCACUGUACUCUGAUGAAUAUGUUUAAAAUGUAUGUACACAUUGAAUGUUAACUGUUAUGGCAAAUAUGCAAUAUCCAAUAAAUAAUUUUGAAACCGC